AACCCCCCUUUCUCAAAGGACCCGUCCAGGUUAACAGCCCUCAUUGAGUCCAUUCUAGUGACUCACCAGCCCACCUGGGAUGACUGCCAGCAGCUGCUCCAGACGCUGCUGACUACUGAGAAAAAACAACGAGUCAUCUUGGAAGCCCGCAAACAUGUUCUGGGAGAUGACGGGCUACCUACCCAACUGCCCGAUAGAAUUGACGCUGCCAUCCCCCUGGAACAACCCAACUGGGAUUUCUCCACCGAGCGCGGUAGGGAACACCUACGUCUUUAUCGCCAGUUGCUCUUAGCGGGUCUCCGAGGGGCUGCAAGACGCCCUACCAAUUUGGCCCAGGUUAAGUUAGUGACUCAAAAGCCAGAGGAAUCCCCCACUGCUUUCCUGAAGCGACUUAAGGAGGCAUACCGUAUGUACACUCCCUAUGAUCCAGAGAGCCCAGAUCAGGCAACCAACGUGGCCAUGUCUUUCAUUUGGCAGUCCGCCCCAGAUAUCAGAAAAAAGUUAAAAAGACUAAAAAACUUAAGAGAAAGUUCAGUACAGGACUUGUUAAAAGAGGCAGAGCGGAUUUUUAACAAGAGGGAAACACAGGAAGAAAGAGAUGAGAGGCUGAGAAAAAAAGCAGAGGAAAGAAAAAAUAUGAGAGAACGUAAGAGGAAUAGAGAAUUCAGUAAGUUGUUGGCCACCGUAGUGACAGGUCAGAGACAGAAUAGACAGGACCUGGGAGACCGUAAAAACUAUCCAGCAGAUAGAGACCAAUGCGCCUACUGUAAAAAAAAAGGUCAUUGGGCCCACAAUUGCCCGAACAAGCCAAAGGGGCCACGUAAUCCCCGGCCUCAAACCACCCUGCUCAACCUCGAAGAUUAGGGGGGUCAGGGUCAGGCCCCCCCCCCUGAACCCAGGAUAACCCUCAACGUGGGGGGCCAACCUGUCACCUUCCUGGUGGAUACCGGAGCUCAACACUCAGUGCUCACCACAUCUCCAGGACCCCUGUCUGACAGAUCAGCGUGGGUCCAGGGGGCUACUGGAGGAAAAAGGUGCCGCUGGACAACCGAAAGAAAGGUACUACUCUCCACCGGUAAAGUGACUCAUUCUUUUCUGCAUGUACCCGAUUGCCCUUACCCGUUGCUUGGGAGAGAUUUAUUAACCAAGCUCAAAGCGCAGAUUCAUUUUGAGGGGACUAAAGCCCAUAUUACGGGGCCACAGGGACAGCCGUUACAUGUACUAACCUUAAACCUAGAAGAUAAAUACCGGCUAUAUGAGCCUGAGGGGCCUCUGGCCAAGAACAUAUCUGACUGGUUAAAUAACUUCCCAUCUGCCUGGGCAGAAACGGGAGAAAUGGGGCUGGCCACCCAACAGCCACCCCUAAUUAUACCCCUCAAAGCAACCGCAACUCCAGUUUCCAUCAAACAAUACCCUAUGUCUCAAGAGGCCUACCGAGGAAUUCGGCCCCACAUUAAAAGACUCCUAGACCAGGGAAUCCUGAGCCCCUGUCAGUCUCCCUGGAAUACACCCCUCCUUCCAGUCAAAAAGCCUGGCACGGGCGAUUAUAGCCCUGUGCAAGAUCUAAGAGAGGUCAACAAAAGGGUAAAAGAUAUACACCCAACAGUCCCUAACCCAUACAAUUUGCUGACUGGAUUACCACCAACCUAUGUUUGGUACACGGUCCUGGACCUCAAGGAUGCAUUCUUUUGUUUAAGGCUUCAUCCACAGAGCCAGCCUAUUUUUGCCUUCGAGUGGAGGGACCCAGAGUUGGGGCUAUCGGGGCAACUCACCUGGACUAGGCUCCCACAGGGGUUCAAAAACAGCCCCACCUUAUUUGAUGAGGCGUUGCACCGGGAUCUGGCCGACUUUAGGGUUCAUCACCCUGCCUUAAUCCUACUUCAAUAUGUGGAUGAUCUCCUCCUGGCUGCAGAGACUGAGAAAAAAUAUAGAGAGGGAACGAAGGCCCUCCUAGUCACCCUGGGAACUCUAGGGUAUCGGGCCUCGGCUAAAAAAGCCCAAAUAUGUCAAAAACAGGUUACGUACCUAGGCUACCAGAUCAGGGAUGGACAAAGAUGGCUAACAGAAGCACGAAAACAGACAAUCCUGAGUAUUCCAGUGCCUAAGAGCCCAAGACAGUUGAGAGAGUUCCUGGGGACGGCGGGGUUCUGCCGGAUCUGGAUCCCAGGGUUCGCAGAGAUGGCUGCACCGCUCUACUCACUCACAAAACCAGGUACCCUCUUUACCUGGGGGAAUGAGCAACAAGGAGCCUUUACGGCUAUCAAAAAGGCCUUAUUAACUACCCCCGCACUAGGACUUCCUGACUUAAAUAAGCCCUUUGAGCUAUUUGUUGAUGAAAAGCAAGGCUAUGCUAAAGGAGUCUUGACCCAAAGACUGGGACCCUGGAGGCGCCCAAUUGCCUACCUGUCUAAGAAACUUGACUCGGUGGCUACAGGAUGGCCUCCCUGUUUGAGAAUGGUCGCAGCAAUUGCUCUCCUAACUAAGGACUCUAUUAAGCUAACUAUGGGACAACCAAUAACAGUUCUGGCUCCUCAUGCAGUGGAAGCCCUGGUUAAACAACCUCCAGGUCGAUGGCUUUCCAAUACCCGUAUGACCCACUACCAGGCCCUACUGCUGGACGCUGACCACAUACACUUUGGUCCUGUGGUAGCCCUCAACCUGGCGUCAUUACUCCCCCUAUCGGAGGGUCCAGAAACUCAUGACUGUCUCCAGAUACUUGCGGAGGUACACGGCACUCGGCCUGACCUAACCGAUCAGCCCCUCCCCGAUGCUGACUUCACAUGGUAUGCUGACGGGAGCAGCUUUCUGGACAACGGAGAACGAAGAGCAGGGGCUGCGAUCGCCACUGAAACUGAGGUAAUUUGGGCUAAGGCCCUACCACCUGGCACCUCGGCACAACGGGCCGAGCUCAUUGCCCUGACUCAGGCCCUCCAGAUGGCAGAAGGUAAAAAGCUCAACGUUUAUACUGAUAGCCGCUAUGCCUUUGCCACUGCUCAUAUUCAUGGGGAGAUAUACCGGAGAAGGGGACUAUUAACUUCAGAGGGAAGAGAGAUCAAAAACAAGACUGAGAUAUUAGCCUUGCUUGAGACAUUGUUCUUGCCUCUAAAGCUGAGCAUCAUCCACUGUCCGGGUCACCAAAAGGGAAACAGCCCCGAGGCUCGAGGCAACCGCCUGGCAGAUGAGGCUGCCAAAAAGAUAGCACAACAGAAAGACUUUACAAUUUCUCAGACCCUGACCAUAAAAAAAAUAAAGCGAGGGUCUAUUCUUCAAUAUAGUCAGGAAGACCAAAACUUACUAAAAGAAAUGGGGGCCACCUAUCAGCCUAAAACUCAAAAGUGGAUAUUCAAAGAAAAACCAGUGUGGCCCCAACGUAUGACCUAUUACUUGAUUGACCAACUUCAUAAGCUAACCCACCUGAGUCACAAAAAGAUAAAAACCCUCCUUGAAAGAGAGGAAGACACCCACCAUCUGUUGGAAAAGGACAAAAUUUUACAACAAGUGGCCGAGAGGUACACUGCAUGUGCACGAGUUAAUGCUAGACAUAAUAAGGUGGGUUCCGGGGUCAGAGUGCGAGGGCACCGACCCGGGACUCAUUGGGAGAUUGACUUCACAGAGGUCAAGCCUGGACUAUAUGGAUAUCGCUAUUUGCUGGUGUUCAUAGACACUUUCUCCGGAUGGGUAGAGGCUUACCCUACCAAACAUGAAACUGCCAGAGUCGUCACCAAGAAGUUGUUAAAAGAAAUCUUCCCCAGGCUCAUCUGCAGGCGCUCCAAAUAGUACAACGGGAGGUGUGGAAACCUCUGGCAG